AGCCAUCAUGUUGUUGAUCACCCAGGUCUAGUAGAUCAAGAUCAACAACCACAUCUACUAUGCUCAUUUCUCCAGGUGUGAUGUGAACUGGUAGAAUUCUAUAUCUCUGCACGCAGGAAUUUGAUCAUUUUUCACUCACGAUUAUACAAAGAAAAAUGGGCAAGCGGCUUCGAACCGGCGCCGUUCACGCCAAUCGGCUGUUGACGGUGAAAAAGAGCGACUCGGCCUCUCUCGCCCAUGAUUCUUGGAAGAAGCUGCCGCGAAAGGAGAAACAAAAACUGGCGAAAAAAAUGCAGCGCAUACAGCAGCAGCGCAUAAAAGAUGACGAGGUGGAUCAUGAUACGACCUUGGGGUCAGGAUCAGAAUCGGAGGAACAAAUCGACUCAGAAGCAGGAGACCAAGAAUCCGGAACGGCGACAACAUUGAACAAGCAGCACAAUCGUGCCUCUGCUGCGGGAAGAAGCCAGCGCACAACCACACGUGCUGUUUUGGCGAACAACACGACCUUGCAAAAGAAGAAGCGUACUGUCGUGAGCCGUCCACCUCCUGCGGGGGCCCGCGGUCUACUGAAACAGCGCACAGGCGUGUAUCCUUAGCAAAAACGACGUCGUCCUCCCCGCCUGAUAGUCAAGGUGGUAGACUCGCUACACAAGCCAGGAAGUUAAAGUUUCGGCCGUUUUGCAUUACAACUAGUGUACUUCGUCGUGUCUGACUCGCAUCACACCAAAUCGAGUUCCUUCUCCUGAUUGGAGCAUGACGAAUUUUCAGGUAGUACAUAGAUAGAAUAUGCCUUUUAUGAGGAGCUCCGCAUGGCACACAGUUUGGGCAUGCGGAUUUGCGUGGCAAGUAUGGACAGGGGACGCACGUGUUUUCCUCAGGAUAGCGUGAUUGGAGCUGCUUUGCGACAACACUCCGCGCAGCAGAGCAAGAAGAAGUUGUUGAAACAGCAAACCGCUAAGCUGACCAAGGACGACAAGAAAACGGCGAAACGCAUCGAAGACCAGGAAACCAAGAUUGCCUACCACAACACAAUCGUGAAAAUCCCGGAGUACAAAGCAAACCCUCUCGCAUGCCUCAAGCAGCACUUGCUGGCGACGCACAGUGCCUGAAGAUCCUAUUUUUAGUUGAAGACAAGGUCCGGCUCUGCCCCCUUUGAUGUUGACGAAGACCGGGGACUUGUUCUUGAUCAAACUAUCAAAUUAUUUAGCGACUACAUUUUUAUGUGGAAAUAGGUGUAGCUGCAUGUGAUGUUUGUUGCAUCUGUGCGUGGCACCUGUGCGUAGAAGAACGAACGGAGCCUGAAAAAGAACACGAUGGUGCUUUGGAU